AUGGCAAGUCAAAUCAUACUGCCUGUGCUGCUUUUGGGGUUGAUCAUAGGUACCGUGACUCCUCAGACAGGAGGCCUCUACCAAAUUACUGGAACAAGAAGCUCACGAUCAGAUGAUGGAAGCUCUCCUCGAAUCCUCCUCCAACGACCUUUUGCGUAUUUCGGCCGGCAGUAUAAUCACAUUUAUGUAAAUCACAAUGGACACUUGACCUUUAACUCGCCAUAUAGUAGUUACACACCUCGAAGGUUUCCAUUGCAUGGAUCCAGAGACAUAAUCGCUCCUUUCUGGACAGAUUUAGACAACAGAGGAAAUGGUCAGAUCUACUACAACCAAUACACCAGCGGCAGUAUCCUCCAGCAAGCUACACGGGACAUCAAUGGGUACUUCCCGGGGCUGAACUUCAAUGCCAACUGGGUCUUUGUUGCGACAUGGUAUGAGGUGGCCUACUAUCCAACCACUGGAACACGAACAACAGUCCAAGCAGUCUUGAUCUCUGGUGGCCCUUACUCAUUUGUGCUGAUGAACUAUGGGAUAAUAGCCUCAACAGGUCGCAAUGUACAGGCUGGAUAUGACACAAUUCACUCAGCUCACCAUCUCUCCAUCCCUGGAUCAUUCUCCAGCAGUGCAACAGGCACUAACUCAAAUUUCCGCCGGAGCAGCAAUGUCAACGUGCCUGGUCGCUGGGCUUACCGGUUAGACCAAGGAUCAAGAGGCUGCACUUUCAAUGGUGAACCCUUGCAGUUGGGCGACUCAUUCUGGAGUGACAGUACCUGUGUACAGAAGUGCACCUGCACCUCAACAGGUGUGCAGUGUCACAGCGAACCCUGCACCUUUUCCCAAGUCUGCCGACCUGAUGCCUUUCAGUUCUCCUGCCAGACGGUGCAGAGAGGCACCUGCAGAAUAAGUGGCGAUCCACAUUACUACACCUUCGAUAACAGAGUGUUUCACUUCCAGGGCACCUGCACCUAUGUUCUCUCUGAGCCAUGUGGUCGUGGGUUGCCUUACUAUAGAGUAGAGGGCAAAAACGAGCAUCGGGGCAGCACUCAUGUUUCCUGGACACGACUGGUCAAAGUGUAUGUCUAUAAUGAAACCAUCGAGCUUGUCAAGGGACGUCGUGGUCAGGCCAAGGUUAAUGGAAACUUUGCAGCCACUCCCAUCUCCCUUAGCAAUGGCAAGGUCCAGGUUUAUGAGUCAGGUUUCUCUGUGGUCGUCAGUACUGUCUUUGGCUUGGAGGUGUCUUAUGACGUCAACCACUAUGUCACAAUCAAUGUGCCCUACACUUACCAGAAUGCAACAUGCGGCCUGUGUGGAAACUUCAACAAUCAUCCUGAGGAUGACUUUCGAACCCGCCAAGGCUUGCUUGUGAGCUCUGAUGUGGUUUUUGCCAACAGCUGGCGAGCACCAGGAGAUGAUGAGGCUGGUUGUGGGGUCCGAUGCGCAGGUCUGCACUGUGCUGCCUGCAGCGAGGCUCAGACAGCUUUAUACAGCAACAGUGCCCACUGCGGUAUCCUCCAGAGCACUUCUGGACCUUUUGCUGGUUGCCAUCAACGACUUCCCCCUCAGGCCUUUGUGGAGAGUUGUGUGUUUGAUCUGUGUGUGGGAGGAGGGUACCAACCCAUUCUGUGCCAAGCACUAAGUGCUUAUGCAAGUCAGUGUCAACAGAACAGUAUACAGCUGCCAAGCUGGAGGAGAGAAGGCUUCUGUGAAAUCCCCUGCCCAGCCAACAGUCACUUUGAGUCCCAAGGCACAGGAUGUCCAGCUACCUGCGUCAACCCCAAUUCUACCCACAACUGUCCUCUCCCUGCCCAGGAGAGCUGCAUCUGCAAUUCAGGCUACAUUCUCAGUGGUGGGGUCUGCGUCCCUCAUUCUGAGUGUGGCUGUAGCUUUGAGGGUCGCUACUACCGGUCUGGAGAAACUGUAAUACUAGACGAGGACUGUGGGAGGCGUUGUAGCUGCAGUUUUGGCUCCAUGACCUGCCGUUCCCAUGCUUGUGGCCCACUUGAGUCUUGCAGGGUAGAGGAGGGGGAAAGAGGAUGCACUCCUAACAACUAUGGAACAUGCUGGAUUAGAGGCCCAGGGUCAUAUCAAACAUUUGAUGGACUGACAUACCAGUAUCCUGGAGCGUGUCGACUGACCCUGGCCAAAGUAAUGGGACUGUCUAGUCACCCACAUUUUGUGGUGACAGCAGAAAAAGUGCCCAGAGGCCAACAGGGAUUUUCCAGGGUACUAAAGUUUGAGGCAGAGGGAACACAAAUCUCCAUUGAAAUGACAGAUACCAGCAAUGUUCAGGUUGAUGGUCAACGAAUCAGGCUUCCAUUCAGCUCAGCGUCUAACCGAAUCCAAAUCUACCACAGCAGUGUUCACAGUAUCAUCCUUCGCACCUCCUUUGGUGUAACGGUGCAGACAGUCUGGCCUCACUUUGUGCGUGUCACUGCACCUGUUACCUACAGUGGUUCACUGGGUGGACUCUGCGGCAAUUACAAUGGUCACCCACAUGACGACUUCCGCACACCCAAUGGCAUUCUGGUCAACAGCUCUCAGGACUUUGGGGACAGUUGGCGAGAUGGCUCCCUCGCUGCACACUGUGUGGAAAAUGUAAAUCAUAACCCUAGAACAAAUUCUAGUGGGUACUGUGGCAUUAUUGGCUCACCGCACGGGCCAUUUGCCCAGUGUUGGGCCACAGUGGACCCACGUCAGCAUGUGGAUGCAUGUGUGGAGAUCAUGAGGGCCUCUAGAGAUCCAGAAUCAACACUAUGUGAGGUCCUACGAGAUUAUGCACUAAUGUGUCAACAGAGCGGUGUAGCCCUCGGACACUGGAGGAAUGCAACUGGUUGUGAGCAAAACUGCCCUGUAAACAGCCAUUAUGAUGUCUGUGGAGCGUCUUGUCCCUCCACCUGCCCCAGCCUCUCUUUCCCUUUUGCCUGUAACACUGUGUGCCAGGAGGGUUGCCAGUGUAAUGACGGUUUUGUCCUCAAUGGCAACCAGUGCGUACUACCAACAGCGUGCGGAUGCUAUCACCAGGGACGCUAUUGGCAAGGUGGAGAACAGUUCUGGAAUGGCGAGGAGUGUCAGAGCUUGUGUACCUGUGAUGGCACUACUGGGGUAGUCCACUGUAUCCCCAACUCAUGUGGUCCCCAGGACUCCUGCCGUGUGGUCGAGGGUGAGUUUGGCUGCCAUCCCAACCCUCAUGGCACCUGCUCUGCCUCUGGAGACCCUCACUACCUCACCUUUGACGGCAAGGCCUAUGACUUCCAAGGAACCUGCCGCUAUACUCUGGCGACCCUUUGUAAUGCCACUGAUGGACCCCACCAAUUUUCAGUGGAGGCAAAGAAUGAGCCGUGGAGAGGGCUGCCAGUUUCAAUCACAGCUGAAGUUUUUGUAAAUGUAUGGGGCUAUCAAGUGCAUAUGUCCAGGGAAAGCCAUGGUGUGGUACAGGUGAAUGGAGUAACCAACAACUUACCUAUUCUCUUGAAUGGAAAUGUUUCCAUCUAUUCAAGUGGAUCUCGCACAUUUGUCAGUGCUGAUUUUGGCCUAACUGUAACAUACGAUGGAUCAAGUACAGUAUCUAUCACUGUACCUCCCAGUUACAGAGGAAAAACAUGUGGCCUUUGUGGAAACUUCAAUGGAAAUCCAAAUGAUGAGUUCCACACCCGAUCUGGAAUGACGGUCACCACUCCAGAUGAGUUUGGGACAGCUUGGAAAGUGGAAGGCAACUACUCCUGCAGUGAUGGUUGUGGGUCCUCUUGCCCACGAUGCACCAAUGACCUCCCUGCUAGAGCCCAGUGUGAGGUGAUUCAGGCAGCUGACGGCUCCUUCAGCUUCUGCCAUGAGCAGGUGGACCCAGCACCAUACUUCAAUGACUGUGUGUUUGAUGUAUGUGUGUCAGGACAUCGAGGCCAAGAUCUCCUGUGUAGGGCCAUUGAAGCAUACGUCAGUGCCUGUCAGUCUGUUAAUGUUCGAAUCUACCCUUGGAGACAGAACACCACCUGCACACUUGACUGUCCAGCAAACAGCCAUUAUGAGCUGUGUGGUACCGACUGUACCCACACCUGUGCCAGCAGCAUUGAUGCCACCUGUGAGCAGGGUUGCUCUGAGGGAUGUUUCUGCAAUGAAGGUUUUCUCAGGAGUGGAACAAGUUGCGUCCCUACGGAAAGCUGUGGAUGUCAAUAUGACGGAUUCUACUACAAUGCUGGUGAAUCCUUCUGGACAGAAGGUUGCUCCCAGCGAUGUGAGUGCCAUGCUCCCAAUGACCUGCGCUGUUCUGUUGAGUCUUGCACUCCUACACAAGAGUGCACCAUCCAAAAUGGCCAGCUGGGCUGUUACGAUGCAAUGUCUACUUGCACUGUGUGGGGAGACCCACACUACAUCACCUAUGACGGAGCACUGGCUCAUUUCCAGGGAACAUGCUCUUACAUCAUUACCGAGAGCAUGAGCCAUGGCACCAACGAAACACAGUUUCGUGUAGUCGCAACCAAUAACCAUCGUGGAAACAACCGUGUGUCUUUUGUGUCAGCAGUGGAUAUAUACCUCACAAAUCAUCUAGCAAGUGUGCAUGUCAGGAUUGGACCCAACAAAAGAGUGAAGGUAAAUGGAAGUGAGGUGUCUCUUCCCAUCACAGUAGGAACCUUUGCUCAAGCAGAAAGGCAGGGAAGCUACAUAGUCGUCAAUGCCAUUGACUUUAUCGUCCAGUUUGACGGCCGGAGUACUCUACUGGUCAGAGUGGGCCAACACUGUCAAAAUAGAGUCAGAGGGAUGUGUGGAAACUUCAACAGUGAUCCUGCAGAUGACAAAGUCUUGCCCAAUGGUACACUGGCACAAAAUGACAACCACUUUGGACACAGCUGGAAGUCACCAACAAGCCAACCAGGAUGUGGCUCCACGGAUGAAGACGGUGGUGAUGGAUUGAAUGACUGUCUCUUUAGGGAAGAAUACUCUGAGCUCUGUAGUGUCAUCACCAACAGCAGCGGCCCAUUCAGUGCCUGUCACCUGCACUCUGACCCCCAGCCAUUUUUCACCUCCUGUGUCUAUGAUCUCUGCCAGUACACUCCAGCCAAUGGCAUGCUGUGUUCUGCAGUCUCAGCCUACCAGAGAACCUGUGCCGUGUUGGGGUUGAACAUCCCAGAGUGGCGCUCUGCCUUGUUGUGUGCUGAGUCAGACCCCUGUGAACAGCUGGACUGCACGGAGUAUGAGUGGUGUGGUCAGAAGGACGGUGUGUACGGCUGCUUCUGUGAUGAGCACCACCAUCGGCCCAACAAUGAGAGCUACAACUCAUCCAUCACUUGUGUCAGUAGUUCAGGCACCAUGUCUGUGUCGCGCUGCCAGCUGUUUGAAGCUGGCUUCCACUUCGAGGCCCUCCACCUCCGAGAUGACUCCUGCAAUGGGACUCUCCAAGACGGACGACUGGUGUUCAACUUCAACAAUGAUGACCACCUGUGUGGGACACUUCUCAGGAGCAACGGAACCCAUUUCAUCUAUGAGAACACCAUCCAGGGCGACGUGGACCCUCAUGACGGCCUAAUCAGUCGCCAGAGGAGCAUUGAUCUGCCUUUCUGCUGUGAAUACCCUUUGACCCAGGCCCUCUCUAUGGCUGUGGGCAUCAACCCAGUAGAGAGCAUUGUGAGGAAGAAGCUUCCAUCUGGCCAUGGACAGUAUCAUAUGAGAAUGAUCCCCUACGAGGAUCCUGGAUUCCACUUCCCCCUGACCAGUAAUGGAAACAUAGAAAUGGAAACUGACCAGAGAUUAUAUGUCGAGGUGCGGACAGAGGGAGUCGAUGGAAGGCAGAUCUCCACCGUUCUGGACUCUUGUUGGGCCACGCCAGUCAACCUUGCCAGCUACCCUGUCCGCUGGGAUCUCAUCAGUACAGAGUGUCCUAAUCCAGCAGAUGGCACAGUAGAGCUGAUUCAUAACGGCGUCUCCACUGUGUCUCGAUUCUCCUUCAGGAUGUUCACCUUUACCAACUUUUCAUCCGUCUACCUGCACUGCCAGGUCCACUUGUGUCUUCUGAGACACAACAACUGCACAGCUCACUGCUACCCAAAUUACCACAGGCAAGUUAAGAGGGACGUAUCCUACCAUGCCACUACAGACAUCUCACUAGGACCGCUAACCCUGGUGAAAUCGAGCAGUGCUUCAGGCCAGCUGACUUCGCUGGUGACUCUGCUGAUCUGCUUGCUGACUGCCAAAACUCUCGUGAAAAGACCCUUCUACACAAUUACUGGAACAACAAGCUCUGGAUCAGAUGAUGGAAGUUCUCCUCGAAUCCCCCUGCAACGCCCUUUUGUGUACUUCGGCCAGUCCUAUAAUCAGAUUUAUGUAAAUCACAAUGGACACAUGACCUUUAAUGCAGCAUAUCGUAGUUACACACCUCAAAGGUUUCCAUUGCAUGGAUCCAGAGACAUUAUCGCUCCAUUUUGGACAGAUUUAGACAACAGAGGAAAUGGUCAGAUCUACUACAACCAAUACACCAGCGGCAGUAUCCUCCAGCAAGCUACACGGGACAUCAAUGGGUACUUCCCGGGGCUGAACUUCAAUGCCAACUGGGUCUUUGUUGCAACAUGGUAUGAGGUGGCCUACUAUCCAACCACUGGAACACGAACAACAGUCCAAGCAGUCUUGAUCUCUGGUGGCCCUUACUCAUUUGUGCUGAUGAACUAUGGGAUAAUAGCCUCAACAGGUCGCAAUGUACAGGCUGGAUACGACACAAUUAACUCCAGCAACCAUUUCACCAUCCCUGGAUCAUUCUCUAACAAUGCAACAGGCACUGACUCAAAUUUCCGCCUCAGCAGCAAUGUCAAUGUACGUGGUCGCUGGGCUUUCCGGAUAGACCAUGGAUCACGAGGCUGCACGUUCAAUGGUCAACCUGUGCAGCAUGGUGACUCAUUCUGGAGCGACAGUACCUGUGCACAGAAGUGCACCUGCACCUCAACAGGCCUGCAGUGUCACACCCAACCCUGCACCUAUUCCCAAGUCUGCCGACCAGCUGCCUUUCAGUUCUCCUGCCAGACAGUGCAGAGAGGCACCUGCAGAAUAAGUGGUGAUCCACAUUACUAUACCUUCGAUAAAAGACUGUUUCACUUCCAGGGCACCUGCACCUAUGUUCUCUCUGAGCAAUGUGGUCCUAGGUUGCCCUACUAUAGAGUAGAAAGCAAGAACGAGCACCGAGGCAGCACUCAUGUUUCCUGGACACGACUGGUCAAAGUGUUUGUCUAUAAUGAAACCAUUGAGCUUGUCAAGGGACAUCGUGGCGAGGCUAAGGUUAAUGGAGUCUUUGCAGCCACUCCCAUCUUCCUGAGGAAUGGCACGGUCCAAAUUUAUGAGUCAGGUUUUUCUGUGAUCGUCAGUACUGACUUUGGCUUAGAGGUGUCUUAUGACACAAAUCAUUAUGUCAGGGUCAGUGUGCCCUACACUUACCAGAAUGCAACAUGUGGCCUGUGUGGAAACUUCAACAAUCAUCCUGAGGAUGACUUUCGAACCCCCCAAGGCGAGCUUGUGAGUUCUGAUGUGGUUUUUGCCAACAGUUGGCAAGUAUCAGGAGCAGAUGAGCCCGGUUGUGAGCCGCAGUGUAGAGGACUGGACUGUGCUGCCUGCAGCGAGGCUCAGACAGCUUUAUACAGCAACAGUGCCCACUGCGGUAUCCUCCAGAGUACUUCUGGACCUUUUGCUGUUUGCCAUCAACGACUCCCCCCACAAGCCUUUGUGGAGAGUUGUGUGUUUGAUCUGUGUGUGGGAGGAGGGUACCAACCCAUUCUGUGCCAAGCACUAAAUGUGUAUGCAAGUCAGUGUCAACAGAACGGUAUACAGCUGCCAAGCUGGAGGAGAGAAGGCUUCUGUGAAAUCAUCUGCCCAGCCAACAGUCACUUUGAGUCCCAAGGCACAGGAUGUCCAGCUACCUGCGUCAAUCCCAAUUCUACCCACAACUGUCCUCUCCCUGCCCAGGAGAGCUGCAUCUGCAAUUCAAGCUACAUCCUCAGUGCUGGAGUCUGUGUCCCUCAGUCUGAGUGUGGCUGCAACUUUGAGGGUAGAUACUACCGCUCUGGAGAAACUGUAAUACUAGAUGAGGACUGUGGAAGGCGUUGUAGCUGCAGAUCUGGCUCCAUGACCUGCCGUUCCCAUGGUUGUGGCCCAUUUGAGUCUUGCAGGGUGGAGGAGGGGGAAACAGGAUGCAGACCUAACAACUAUGGAACAUGCUGGAUAAGAGGCCCAAGGUCAUAUCAAACAUUUGAUGGACUCAUAUACCAUUAUCCUGGAGCGUGUCGAUUGACCCUGGCCAAAGUAAUGGGACUGUCUAGUCACCCACAUUUUGUGGUGACAGCAGAAAAAGUGCCCAGAGGCCAACAGGGUUUUGCCAGGGUACUAAAGUUUGAGGCAGAGGGAACACAAAUCUCCAUUGAAAUGACAGAUAGCAGCAAAGUUCAGGUUGACGGUCAGCAGAUCAGGCUUCCAUUCAGCUCAGCAUCCAACCGAGUCCAAAUCUACCACAGCAGUGUUCACAGUAUCAUCCUUCGCACCUCCUUUGGUGUGACAGUGCAGACAGUCUGGCCUCACUUUGUGCGUGUCACUGCACCGGUUACCUACAAUGGUUCACUGGGUGGACUCUGUGGCAACUACAAUGCUAACCCACAUGAUGACUUCCACACACCCAAUGGCAUUUUGAUCCACAGCUCUCAGGACUUUGGGGACAGUUGGCGAGAUGGCUCCCUCGCUGCACACUGUGUGGAAAAUGUAAAUCAUAACCCGAGAGCAAACUCUAGUGAGUACUGUGGCAUUAUUGGCUCACCGCACGGGCCAUUUGCCCAGUGUUGGGCUACGGUGGAACCACGGCAGCAUGUGGAUGCAUGUGUGGAGAUCAUUAGGACCUCUAGAGAUCCAGCAUCAACACUAUGUGAGGUCCUACGAGAUUAUGCACUAAUGUGUCAACAGAGGGGUGUAGCCCUUGGACACUGGAGGAAUGCAACUGGUUGUGAGCAAAACUGCCCUCCAAACAGCCAUUAUGAAGUCUGUGGAACAUCUUGUCCCUCCACCUGCCCCAGCCUCUCUUUCCCUUUUGCCUGUAACACUGUGUGCCAGGAGGGUUGCCAGUGUGAUGCUGGAUUUGUCCUCAAUGGAAACCAGUGCGUACUGCCAACAGCGUGCGGAUGCUAUCACCAGGGACGCUAUCGGCGAGGGGGUGAACAGUUCUCGGAUGGUGAGGAGUGUCAGAGCUUGUGUACCUGUGAUGGCACUACUGGGGCAGUCCACUGUAUCCCCAACUCCUGUGGUCCCCAGGAGUCCUGCCGUGUGGUGGAGGGUGAGUUUGGCUGCCAUCCCAACCCUCAUGGCACCUGCUCUGCCUCUGGAGACCCUCACUACAAGACCUUCGAUGGCAAGGCCUAUGACUUCCAGGGAACCUGCCGCUAUACUCUGGCAACCCUUUGUAAUGCCACUGAUGGACUCCACCAAUUUUCAGUGGAAGCUAAGAAUGACCCGAGGAGAGGGCGGCGAGUUUCAAUCACGGCUGAAGUGUUUGUAAAUGUGUGGGGCUAUGAAGUGCAUAUGUCAAGGAACAGUCGCGGUGUGGUACAGGUGAAUGGAGUGACUAAAAACUUACCUAUUCACUUGAAUGGAAGUCGUGUCUCUAUCUAUGCAAGAGGGUCUCGCACAUUUGUCCGUGCUGAUUUUGGCCUGACUGUCACAUACGAUGGAUGGAGUAGAGUGUCCAUCUCUGUACCUCCCAGUUACAGAGGAAAAACAUGUGGCCUCUGUGGAAACUUCAAUGGAAAUCCAAAUGAUGAGUUCCACACCCCAUCUGGAACGACGGUCACCACUCCUGAUGAGUUUGGGACAGCUUGGAAAAUUGAAGGCGACUACACCUGCAGUGAUGGGUGUGGGUCCUCUUGCCCACAAUGCACCAAUGAGUUCCCUGCUAGAGCCCAAUGUAACGUGAUUCAGGCAGCUGACGGCCCCCUCAGCUUCUGCCAUGAGCACGUGGACCCAGCGCCAUAUUUCAGCAACUGUGUGUUUGAUGUGUGUGUGACAGAAAACCAAGACCAAGAUCUGUGUAGGGCCAUUGAAGCAUACACCAGUGCCUGUCAGUCUGCUAAUGUUCAAAUCUAUCCUUGGAGACAGAACACCACCUGCAGACUUAACUGUCCAGCCAACAGUCAUUAUGAGCUGUGUGGUACCGACUGUGGUCACACCUGUGCCAGCAGCAAUGAUGCCACCUGUGAGCAGGGUUGCUCAGAGGGAUGUUUCUGUGAUGAAGGUUUUCUCAUGAGUGGAACGAGAUGCGUCCCUGAGGAAAGCUGUGGAUGUCAAUAUGACGGCUUCUACUACAAUGCUGGUGAGUCCUUCUGGACAGAGGGUUGCUCCCAGCGAUGUAAAUGCCAUGCUCCCAAUGACCUGCGCUGUUCUGCUGCAUCUUGCACUUCUUCACAAGAGUGCACCAUCAGAAACGGCCACCUGGGCUGUUUUGAUGAUAUGACCACCUGCACUGUGUGGGGAGACCCACACUACAUCACCUAUGACGGAGCACUGGCUCAUUUCCAGGGCACAUGCUCUUACAUCAUUACUGAGAGUGUGAGCCAUGGCACCAAUGAAACACAGUUUCAUGUAAUAGCCACCAAUAAUCACCGUGGCAACAACCGUGUGUCUUUUGUGUCAGCAGUGGAUAUAUACCUCACAAAUGAUCCAGAGAGUGUGUAUAUCAGGAUUGGACCCAACAAAGGAGUAAAGAUAAAUGGAAUUGAAAUGCCUCUUCCCAUCACAAUAGGAACCAUAGCUCAGGUAGAAAGGCAGGAAAACUACAUAAUAGUCAAUGCCAUUGACUUAAUAGUCCAGUUUGACGGCCGGAGUACUCUACUUGUCAGAGUGGGCCAACAUCGUCAAAAUAGAGUCAGAGGGAUGUGUGGAAACUUCAACAGUGAUCCUGCAGAUGACAGGAUGUGUGGAAACUUCAACAGUGAUCCUGCAGAUGACAAAGUCUUGCCCAAUGGUACACUGGCCCAAAAUGACAACCACUUUGGACACAGCUGGAAGUCACAAACAGGCCAACCAGGAUGUGGAUCCACGGAUGAAGAUGGUGGUGAUGGAUUGAAUGACUGUCCCUUUAGGGAAGAAUACUCUGAACUCUGUAGUGUCAUCACCAACAGUAGCGGCCCAUUCAGUGCCUGUCACCUGCACUCUGACCCCCAGCCAUUUUUCACUUCCUGUGUCUAUGAUCUCUGCCAGUACACUCCAGCCAAUGGCAUGGUGUGUUCUGCAGUCUCAGCCUACGAGAGAACCUGCGCCGUGUUGGGGUUGAACAUCCCUGAAUGGCGCUCUGCUUUGCAGUGUGCGGAGUUAGACCCCUGUGAACAGCUGGACUGCACGGAGCAUGAGUGGUGUGGUCAGAAGAAUGGUGUGUACGGCUGCUUCUGCGAUGAACAACAUCGAGCCCACAAUGGGAGCUACGACUUGUCCAUCACUUGUGGCCGUAGCUCAGGCAUCAUUUCUCUGUCGCGCUGCCAGCUAUUUGAAGCUGGCUUCCAAUCCAACGCCCUCCACCUCCGAGAUGAGUCGUGCAGAGGGUACCUUCAAGACGGACGACUGGUGUUCACCUUUAACAAUGAUGAUGAGCUGUGUGGGACAGUUUUCAAGAACAACAGAACCCAUUACAUCUAUGAGAACACCAUCCUUGGCCGCACGGACCCUCAUCAAGGCCUAAUCAGCCGCCGGACAAGCAUUGAUCUGCGUUUCUGCUGUGAAUACCCUCUGACCCAGGCCCUCUCUAUGGCUGUGGGCAUCAACCCUGUAGAGAGAAUUGUGAGGAAGAAGCAUUCAUCUGGCUCGGGUCUUUAUCAUAUGAGAAUGAUCCCCUACCAGGACGCUGACUUCCGCUUCCCCCUGAUCAGUAACAAAAACAUCCAAAUGGAAACUGACCAGAGAUUAUACGUCGAGGUGCGGACAGAGGGAGUCGAUGGAAGGCUGUUCGCCACCGUUCUGGACUCUUGUUGGGCCACGCCUGUCAACCUUGCCAGCUACCCUGUCCGCUGGGAUCUCAUCAGUACAGAGUGUCCUAAUCCAGCAGAUGGCACAAUAGAGCUGAUUCAGAGCGGCAUCUCCAAUGUGGCGCGAUUCUCCUUCAGAAUGUUCAAAUUUGACAACUUUCCAUCAACCUACCUGCAUUGCCAGGUCCACCUGUGUCCUCUAAGUAACAACAACUGCACAGCUCACUGCGACCCAAAUAACAGGCAAGUUAAGAGGGACGUAUCCUACCAUGCCACUACAGACAUCUCACUAGGACCGCUAACCCUGGCGCAACACCAGAAGGUCAGAAUGGUGAAAUAGAGCAGUGCUUCAGGCCAGCUGACCUCACCGGUGACUCUGCUAAUCUGCUUGCUGACUGCCAAAACUCUGGUAUGGGGUGAUCAAAGAUCAUCCAUAUUUUACAAUCACUCCACAAGCAUUCACUCUUGGAUUGUGUUUCUUAUCCUUGUCCUACAUUUGUGUUUUGUAUUUGUGGUAAGUUGAGGAGUAGAAGUAAUUAUUACUUCACAACAGUGGGGGGUGUCAAUGUGCACUGUACUAAGGUUGAAGUCACUUUCCCUUUGGUUGUAU